UACUGUCCCUAUUUUCUCUUCGUCAUCAUGGCGUCUAAGUUUCCAUCAAUGGAGGGUGGAGAGGUCGAACUUCGUACAAGGAAAGGUCAUGACAUGACAUGGUCAUGUGACAAGCAUGGUGAGCCAAUCAAAUUUUACUGUAAGAAACACAAAAUUCCUAUUUGUCAUCCAUGCGCUACCAAAAAUCACAGUCAGAAACCAUGUGAGCUAGACGACAUCGAGGAUGUCAUCUUCGAAAAGAGAAGUCAACUAGAUGAGAAACGGCCAAAAAUACAGAAACUCCAGAAAAAAAUGGAAGCCCUCAACACAAAAAUAAAGAUUGUAUCAACGUCUGGAAGUGCUCUUCUUCAGACAAUUAACAACAAUAUUCAAGCAUCAUAUCACGACAAGAUCAAAUCUGUUGGAGAAAAGGAGAACAGGAUAAUUAGGGUUAUUAACGAGGAGGCAGAUGAGGAAAUAAGACUAGUAAAUGAGAAGAGGGAAAAACGGAUCAAGGAUUGCAACAACGAGAGAGAAAAGGAGCGACAUAUCAUCAGAGUCCAAAAAGCAAAACUUUUAUCAGAUACAAAGACACUCAGUGGGGAAGUUACUAAGAAGACAAAAAAUCUCUCUUGUAAAAAUCAGCUUGCAAUAAACACUUUGAUGAACAUUGAAUCAACCAUCAAACGUAUAAACCAACAUGAUGAAACAUCGGUGAAUGAAGCUUCUCAAGUACCUUCAUCUAUUGAUGAAAAUUUAAGUUUAAAUGCUCAUCAAGACGUUAGCGACAGUCUUGACCGAAUACAGAGUAAAGUUGAGAGAGUGAAGCUUGUAGAGGGGUAAGUAGGUGGAGAAUAGUAUGGUAGAAUUGAUGGGUAUAUCGGUAAAUGGAAACUUGUCAUGUCAAUCCACAUUCCAUCGGUUGUUAAUUACCCGUAUGUGCGUGGUUUAGUCAGUGAGGAUGAGAUCUGUGUGCAAGACGUAGAUAACAAUGACAUGUAUGUUACAAACAUCAACACUCAAAACAUAGAGAAAGUCAUUGAUGAAGGUGUGCAGAUUACAUCAUGUGCGCCCAUAGACAGUAACGUAAUAGUGUGUGGUAAGGAGAGAAGGGAUCGCACGGAUGACAGGUUGGAUGGAUGCAUCACUCUCUAUGACAGAAAAUGGAAGGUGAUUAGAGACAUCAGCAUACCAAAUGGAAGGUUUCAGUUACCCCCACAUGUGUUUCUGAUUUUCGAUUUUUUUAGUGUGUAUGUUGAUGUUGACAGGGAUGGGAUGAUCAUCGCUGCUCAGUCCUAUCAGUCUAAUAUCUACGUCAUCAAUCCUGCUAAUGAUAAAAUAGUAAACACUAUUACGAUGCAGGGUAAGGAGGUGAGGGGUGAGAUACAAGCGUUGACAUCAGUUGAUAUCGUUGUGAAGACAGGUUAUAAUGAAUACACUGUCAUAUCCCGAUCAGGAGAAGAGAAGGCUGCCAUACACUGUGAUGAGUGGAACGAACCACAGUGUCGCGCUGACAAACUGACAGACACACUCUACAUUGCGUACAAGGAUGAAACGCCUAAUAUCUACACAGUUGAUCAGGUGUCACGUGAUGGUGUCAUCCAGGCAAGGAAGAUCGUGGAAUACGUGGAUUCAGAUCGAUCUUACUUUGUCAGCCCUUGUCUUGUUACUCCUUCUGGUAACCUUGUAGGAUGUGAUGGAGACAAAUUUCAUCUUCACAAGAAGACAUUCAUCUUGUAAAUCAUCAAAUAUUACAAUGAAUGAUUUCAAAAGAAAUAGUAACCACAUUGACGGCAAGAUCGUACACUAUAAAAUCAUGGACGAAAAUGUAAUGUAGGUCAAGGUUUCACCGGCAUCGCGAUCUCAAAAUUCUGUCCGAUCGGCGAAUGCGGGCUGUGUUGGAAACCGUUCAGAAAAAAGUGUGACC